AUCCAUGUGGGUCUUGCUGCAAGCACCCGCUGAAUGCUUAGCCUGGAUGGCUGAAGAUGUCAGCAUAUGGCCACGCCAUGCUCCUUACUAUCACUCUCGCCUGUAUUCCCUUAGCCAUUCGAGCAAGCAUCCGAUAGCAUUCUGCAGGGUUGCUCACUCGUUCGGUCAUAAUUCAGAUAAUAGUCGAUUGGUAUUAGUCGAUUCAUAAAGAGCCCUCAUUGGCAUCGCGAUUAGGAGCUAUCGAUGGAUCUUAUCGAGCCCGCCUUGCACUCCCAGCCGGCGCAAAGCGCAUGCAUGCAUGCGGUCAGUCCCAGGGACCAAGUGCCGUCGCAGUCGCCCGAGUCCGUUGCCAGGGAUCGUCGCCUCCAGAAGCAUCGCCGCCAGGUCUUGGGGUCGCGCCACGGCACGCCUGCGCCCAUCCGGCCGUCCGUGCUCGAGUCGCGAGCCUCUGGCCCUCCCGUGCUCACGGAUGACCCCGCUUUAGUCACGCUCGCGACAGAAGGCUGCGAAGCAGGCACUGCGUCGAAUUCUUGGGACGGCUUUUCGUUCCCCGCCACGCCCAGCACCUGCGACUCGCAUGGCUCCUCAGGGAUCUCCCCGAGAGACGGACCCUCCUCGCCCGCCUUUUCGCCAAGGUUUUUCUCGCCUAGGGGAAGGAUUUCGCCUCCAGUCUCAUCGCCAAGGUUUUCGCCUAGAAUCCCAUCGCCUCGGUUACCAUCUGGCGUGGCCGCGCAGGGGGCAGCUGCCGGCCACUCACUGUUGAGCGGGCGCGCAAUGGAGAGCCAGCGGCACGCGAUUCUCGGGUGUCGGCGCGGCACCAUGCCGCCGCCCUGCCUGCAGUGCGACGGCGCCGUCCCUGAACCAGGAGCCGGUGCUGCUUCCGCAACUCGCGGCCACGCUCCAACUGUCAGCGAGUCUCAAGAUUCGCCACUUCUCGCCGCGCCGUGUGGUUCGCGCGCGCAGCGGACGGCCGUCCAAGGUACUGGUGGUGCGGGUGGGAUCGGGCCGAGUGAUCCACGCGCCAGUCAGCCUCACAGCCAUGGCGCGCAGCUGCGCCCUGCCGCCGCAUCACCUGGAGACUCCAACUCCCAGGCUUUCCGGCGUCCACGGCCCCCGCUCCUCAUCCUCCCCGCGGACUGCGCCGCCGACACCUGCAGUGGCGCUGCAACCAGCCACGCCACGCUCGGCUCGCCGAGCGUACUGGUGCGGGCGGCGGGGAGGGCGGGGCGGGCCGUGUACCCCAGGUCCAUCAGUACGCCCUCCACCGCCGCUGCCACGUCCCCCGCCGCGUCCGCUGGGUCCACAGCGCCCUCCCCGCACGACUCUGCGUCGUCUCCACCUGCUGCUGCUUCCACCCCGUCUGCCUUUCCGCUCGCUUCCCCCUCUCCUCGCGCCCCCGCCUGCGUUGCGUCCCCGCGGCUACUGCAACCGAUAUUUCCGCGCGCUUCCCCUUCCCCGCCUUCCUCUGCCUCCGCAUCCCCGCGCCUGCUCCAGGCGACCUUCCCGCGCGCAACCAGCUCGCGCCUAUCGCCCCGCCCCUGCGUCCCUGACUGCGCUGGCCGAAUCUCCUCCCGCGAGCAGGCCGACCUUUCCCGCGCGUCCAGUUUCCACCACCAGUCCCACCGCCGCGAGAGUGAUGCGCCAAUCGCGCAAGAGGCGGCGGACCUUCCCCGCGCGUCGAGCUUCCACCGGCCCCCCUCGCAACUGCAGCCCAAACUCCUCCCCUCCGCCGCCCAGCAUUCCCGUUCUCUCCGCCCUCUCCUUCCCCUCGCCCUCCCCCACUCCCCGACCUAUCCCGCGCCUCGUAGCUGCCCGCCCGCGCGGCUGCUUGGGGAGCAGCAGCUGCGGCCGUGGGGGCGGGGAGAGGGCGGGCAGGAAAAGAGGCAGGAGCAGUGGGGGGACAGGCGAGAGAGGUCGAUGCAGGAGGCAAGCGGGGGGAGGGGGGAGGAGGAUGAGAGGGGGUCACAGGGAGUGGAGAGGGAGGAGGUUGGGUUGGAGGAGAGGAGGGGUGCAGGGGAGGAGGGGUGGCUGCCGGGACACCCGAGCUCGGGAAGCAGGCAGCAGCAGCGGCGAGCAUCCAUCAGCUUAGGGGGCCAAGUAGAUGCUGCCACGUGGCAGCAUGUCCAUCCUGGGAUGCCUGUAGAAGAAUCAGACGUGUCCAUGUGGCGCCUGGUAGCUCAUCUCCUGGCUCCGCCGAGCCCCCCAGCGCUCAGCCAGGCGUCGCAGAGCCCAACGAUGAACCGCUGCGCCAUUCAUCGCUGCGAUCCCGGGGCAGCAGCGGCAUGUGCUCAAGGGCAGCAGCUGCCAGGCGACGCCAUGAGAGGCGCAGCACGCACCGUGGCAGCAGUAGAGCAUAGUAGCCGCACGGAUGAGCGUGAGCUCGUACAGGGUCACACUCAGAGCAGUCACACCCAGAACAGUCACACCCAGAACAGUCACACCCAGAACAGUCACACUAAGAACAGUCACACCCAGAACAGUCACAUCCUGUCUCGCUCACCCAGGUUUGGCUGUGCAUCCGCAGCAAGCAGUGUGAUGCCUCCACGAGUCACAUCCAGCCCCGCUGCUGCUCCUGCUCACGCCAUUGUACAGCCGUGGCAGCAGCAGUCGCACCAGCAGCAGCAGCAACAGAAGCCGCAGCAACAACACCAUCACCAGCGGCAGCCACAGCACCAGCAGCAGCAGCAGCAGCAGCAGCAACAACAACAAGACCAUGAGCAGCAGCAGCGGCAGGAAGCGAAGGAGGUGGAAGCGGAGGUACCAAGUCUCGUCAUUGAAGGGCACACGUCAUUCAGGCUGCCCUCCCCACAUUGCUCUGCGUCCCCCACGCUACCCCACUCUCCUCUCUCCCCCACCCCCUGCCAUUCUCAUUCCCUCACCACGUCUGACCUCCAUCACCCCCCGCUCAGUAGCCCAGCUGCAAGCGCCUCUGGCGUUGCAGCGCAGAGCGCAGCGCAAGUGCUCACCAGCUCGGCUGCAGCAGGCACCAUCCCUGGGACUGUCUGUGGCCGCACGGCUCUCGCCACGCCUGACAUCCGAACCUCCCCAGGGACUCUCACAGCCGCCCACGGCCCCUUGACAGCCUGCGGGUGCUCAACAGCCCCCGCCCACGGUCCCACGCACAUAGUUCCCAAGGCCCCUUAAGCUGCUCCUAGCAGCGGAAUUUCUACCCAGAAGUGCAAAGGCUGUGGAGGGCAGUGUGCAGCAUCAGGUGGGCAUAGGGCCUGAGGGAAGUAGCAGAGCAGGGUGAAGCUGGCGGCUGGGCGGCACAGCAUGGAGGUGCUGGCGUUCCCUUCCCAUGACAGUGCCUGCUCCCUGCACCAUUGUACAUAUUCCAUCCAUGCCCAGCGAUGCGCUUCAUGCGUGGAAGCUUGGGCCUCCUCUCCUCGCGAACAUUGCGUCUCCGUGCUUGUGCCAUUCUCAACUCGAAGGGCAAUUACUUACAUUACAACCCCCCAUCCCCUCCCCCCCCCCCCCCCCCUCCCCUGCCCUCCGUAAGCACACAAGGCUGCAUGUCUGGAGCUGAUUCCAUGGUAUUUCAUGUCAAAUUGUGUAGUUAUAUAUGUUUAAUUAUCUCCUCUUUCCUAGUCAACCCCUUUUCUCUCGUAACUUUCUCCUAGCACCAGGCCCCCAAAUCGCCGACUUUUUACUCUGAUUCAGACUUUUUUCAGAACUUUUUUGGGGGUGUACUCUGAUUAGGAAGACUUUUUUUGGUACCUUACUCUGAUUUUUCAGAGAAGAUUUAUGUACUUACGUUGUUCUUUCAGACUUUUUUCACU